AUGGUGUUAUAUGCUCUCUUCACAGCUUGUGUAGACCUAGUUAGAUUUAUUCUGACGGCCAUUUUAUAUCCAUUCACUUCUCAAGCGGCCAUAGUAAAUACCCAAUCGCAGCGACUUCUACGGAAUCAGGAUCCUCGUGCAGCUGCAGCACAAUUCAAAAGAGAAUUUGAGGAGAAAUAUGGAACUAUUCACCCUGAUUUCUUUGAGGGUAGCUAUGCACAGGCUUUAGAACGCGCGAAACGUGAAUUGCAAUUUUUAAUGGUGAUUCUUCAAACCGACGAACAUGACCACACGGCCAGAUUCAACAACGAGACUCUAACAUCACAAGACUUGAUAAGGUUUCUUCGCGAUAAUGAUAUUCUAGUGUGGGUCGGAAACAUUAGAAAUAAAGAGGCGUACAUGGUCAAUAAUAAAUUAGAGGCUACCACGUAUCCUUUUGUGGCCAUUAUUGUUCUCCAGACUAGCAACGGAAUGAAUGGGAAGAUGGUCACUGUUGAUCGAAUCGAAGGGUUGUCAACGCCGAAUGUUUUGAUUGACCGUCUUACUAAUCAAAUAAACCAACACAAUCCUGGGCUUCAACAUAUUCGCCACGAACGUGCAGAACGAGAUGCAGCACGACAAAUACGCGAACAACAAGACACAGCAUAUCUCAUGUCACUACAGGCCGAUCAAGAAAAAGAACGGAAAGCACGUGAAGCAGCAGAAGCCGAGCGAUUGAAACGUGAACAUAAAAAAAGGAAAGAGGAAGAACGUAAGAAUCUUGCAGGAAAGAAAGAAUCGUGGCGACGAUGGGCUUUAAGUCAAUUGCCGAUUGAACCUGCUCAAGUUCAAGAUGAUGUGGCUCAACUUGUGUUUAAAUUACCGGAUGGACAAAGAAUAAUGAGAAAUUUCGAUGGGAGUGACAGCAUAGAGACCGUUUACACUUUUGUGGAUACUUAUAAUCUCCGAAAAGAAUUAUCGUCAUUAUCAUCUGUUCCUCUUUCACCGCCAAGGAAUUAUGUCCAUUCAUUUGAUUUUUUGUUAGUUUCUCCUUAUCCUCGUACGGUGCAUUAUCCGGAUAAAAACAAAACUAUUAAAGAAGAGAGUGAACUUUGGACACGUGCUCAAUUACUAGUCCAAAGAAAUGUUGACGAAUCCGAGGAAGAGUAA